AUGUCACGAUUUGUGCAGCAGGUGAAAGCUGCUAGUCGUUCCCCCAAAUCAUUCAAGGAGUUUUUGCAGACCACGGAUAGCGAUGGUCCUAUCCGUUACAACAAAGACCUGCUUCCAAGUCCGCCAGAGGAUAGGAAGUGGCGAUGGCAACACUACUUUGCCUACUACCUGACGAUGACAUUCAGUCCGAGUAGCUACAAUCUUGGAGCCUCGCUUGUUUCGAUCGGUCUCCUUUGGUGGCACGGCAUGAUUGCCGCGGUCAUCGGUUCUGCAAUCUUGACCGCCCUGGUUGUGCUUAACUCAAGAGGUGCGAUCAACUACUUCGUCGGUUUUCCAGUAUAUGUUCGUGUCGCAGCCGGUGUCAGGGGCUCUUCGUUGUAUAUCCUUGUCAGGGCUGUGGUCGCGAUCAUCUACUUCGCGACGCAGACCUACUAUGGCGGACGCAUCACAUCUGUGUUCAUGCGUGGGAUCCUCGGCAACGGAUAUCACAACAUCCCAAAUCAUUUGCCAGAGAGCGCUGGUAUCACUUCUCGGGAUCUUCUUAGCUUCUUCAUUUUCUGGAUGAUCCAAAUGCCCGUCAUGUUUAUCCAUCCCAGAGUUUUGCGACACUUGUUCGUCGUCAAAGCAGUCUACACAACCAUCUCUCUGCUCGGCGUGCUUGGCUGGGCCAUCAGUGCAAAUGGAGGCAAGAUUGGCGACUUCAAGUAUACUACAAAACAGACCCACCUGUCUGGUCAUGAGUUGAUCUGGCCUAUGAUCUCUGCUAUCAACUCUGUGAUGGGAGCUCUCGCGCCUGUGCUGAUCAACCAGCCGGAUAUCGCUCGAUACGGUCACUCAUAUCGCGAUGUGACUUGGAGUCAGGGUAUCGGUAUCUUGAUGUCAAAGGUUCUGGUCAUGUUUAUCAGCACAGCUACCACAGCCGCAGCAACCGGUGUGCUAGGCAAGUCUUUUUGGAACGUAUGGGACCUCUAUGAUGCCAUUCUUGAUCAAUAUUGGACUCCAGGUGCUAGGUGUGGUAUGGUCUUCGCCAGUUUUGGAAUGAUGAUUGCCAUACUGGUCACCAAUGCUGGAAGCAACUCGCUUCCAGUCGGUGCCGACUUGACGGGUAUCUGGCCACGCUGGUUGACGAUCGUCCGAGGGCAGGUCAUUUGCGCUGUAUUGGCCCCUCUGCUUGUCCCCUGGAAGAUCAUCGCCUCUGCGACGUCUUUUCUCACAUUCCUAGGCUCUUAUACCGUGUUCCUCAUGCCGAUCUGUGCAUGCAUGGUGGUCGAUUAUUGGAUCGUGAGGAGAGGCAACAUCCACGUACCCUCGUUGUAUGUGUGUUCGCCCGAAGGCCCCUACACAUACUACAAAGGAUGGAACUUGCGUAUGCUCGUUGCAUGGGUCGCAGGAGUGACGUUUGUUAUCCACGGUAUAGCUGGAUCAUUGGAUCCAGACUCGGUCAACCAAGCAUCCAAGAACAUGUACAAGCUAGGCUUCAUCUUGUCUUUCUGCAUGGGCGGCCUUGUGUAUUACGUUCUUUGUUUGAUUUGGCCAGUCCGGAUCCUGCCACGGGGUAUGGAGAAGCCACUCGUCUUCGAAGAGCUCGCGGCGAACGAGGGUUUCUUCGACCACGAGAACGUUGGCACGAUUACUGGCGUGCUGGAUGGAGAAGAUGCCGAUAACGUCUCCACUCACCAAUACAUUGCCGAAGGAAAGGAUACUAAGGUUUGA